CGGGGGUUUGUCGUGGAUUUAAUUUGUCACUAAACAUGCUUCUGAAACUGUGCUGCAGGUCAUGUAGUGAGUUUUUGUUCAGUGAUUUUCCUAAUCUGAUCAUCAUCCUCCAGUUCACCCCCAACAAAUCCCACCACACUCGUCCUGAAGACUGUCCUUCCUGUUAAAGUGCAGCAGUUAUAACUACUGAUAUCUGACCAUUUUAUAAUCCAUCAACACAACAUCUUCAUCUGUUCAUCUGUUAUAAAUCCUGUAACAAGAUAAGUGAGAACAUAUAUUUUUAUAAUUAUGUUAAAAGUUGCUGCAACAAAUAAAGAUUUUCUUCAUCGAUUUCUCGAAGUUAAAGCUUCUCCUCUCAAUCGUAUUAUUUUGUCGUGCCCACUACACGUGCUGAAUGUUUGUCGUUAAUCUUUUGUCGGUAUGUUUUUGCAUGCAUUGAACCCCCGCAGGGAGGAAAGCUGCAGUUUUUUCUUGACCAAGAGCAAAGUCCCUUCAGCUGAAAUCCUCUAUAUAAAGUGGGCCUUGAUCCCCAGCAGCAGCCUCCAGCAGACACAAAGAUGUUGAACAUCACUGAGCUCUCCCUGCCGUCGCCUCGCUCCAGGUCUUCGGAUCGUCUCCUUCAGCCACUGUGGGACCAUUUGCUAAUUCACCACUUGUCCCUUAUCUUGUCUCCCUUCUUUCCUGUCAUCCUUGCCUUCUUCAGCUACUUUAUCUUCUCUUUACCGUUCGCUGUGAUGGACCUCUUAGGAGAAAAGGUCUCUUCAUUCCAUAAGUACAAGAUCCAGCCAGACAGGCGGCCAACGCUGGCAAUGAUGGCCAGAAGCUUCAUGACAGCUUUGUACAACCAUGUUUUCUUUGUUCUACCAGCUGCAUUAAUUGCCACGUUUGUGCUGCCAGCACCGACACUGCCACAGAGCGCCCCCACUUUGUGCCAGCUGCUCACAGAAGGACUGGCUACGCUCCUGCUCUUCGACACUCAGUACUUCAUUUGGCACUACGUCCACCACAAACAUCCACAGCUCUACCGCUGGAUUCAUGCAGUCCACCAUGAGUACACGGUGACCUUCUCCUGGUCCACAGAGCAGCUCAGCAUCCCAGAACUGAUGUCGGUGGGAUUCUGGAGCAACUUGGACCCAAUCAUUUUAAAGUGCCAUCCGCUGUCCGCGUGGUGCGUGACAGUCUUCAGCCUCUGGAUGUCCGUGGAGGACCACAUAGGCUACGACCUGCCAUGGACGCUGAACCACCUGGUGCCUUUCGGCCUGCUGGGUGGCGCACCAGCUCACGACAUGCACCACCAGAGGCCGAGCACCAACUACGCUCCUUUCUUCAGCCACUGGGAUCGAACCUUUGGCACAGCUGCCACUUUAAAGAAAAGUAAACAAUAACAACCUAAAGACAAGUCUGUAAAUAACGCCUGUUUGUAUAAGUCAGCCUCUGUUUGUCUUCUGUUUUAAAUUAUUUUGCUUUAAAACAACUGUUGUUUUUGUUGCUUUUCUGCUUUUAUUUUCCAGAUGAUGUGUCAGAGGAUUUAAUCUUGUAAAAUUGUUCAAAUUUGCAUUUUUGUCCAAUAAAUACAUUAUAUUUACAAUUCUGGAGUAUGCAGUUCAUUUCUAAAUGACUUGUCUCAACACGCUGUUACACUUCUUUUAACAUCAGCUGAAAGAAAUCAUCAUUUAAAAUAAAAUCUGGCUUUCUAAUGCAAAAAAGCACUUUUCUUCUGUUUUUGUUAAAUGAACAUAAAGAGUUUUAUAAGAUUUAUAGACUUUUUGAUAAAUACUUUGGUUAUCCUGGCUCAUCCCUUUAGUUAUGCUGCUCUGGAGGACAAACUGACCACAUGUUCUUAGUCCGUUGUCUCUAUUGUCCCCGUAUGUAUCUGUUAAUGAGUUUUGCCACUGACUGUCAUGGUAAAUGGUUUAUGUCCUGUAUAGCACCCUCUUAGGGUUCUGCAA